UAGGAUUUAUGCAGUUGGAUUGGCAUUUGAUUACUGCUCUGGUCGAGCGUUGGAGACCAGAGACCCACACAUUUCAUAUGCCUUGUGGGGAAUGCACGAUCACCCUACAGGAUGUUGCAGUUCAGUUAGGGUUACCUGUGGAUGGUGAGCCUGUGGUAGGGUCGUUAUUAUAUGACUGGAAGGUACUAUGUGAGGAUUACUUGGGAGAAAUGAAAGGUCAACGAUUGAGCCUUCCUUGGUUGGCAGAACAGUUCACAGAAUUGCCACCAGAUGCUGAUGUAGUGAGCGUUCAAAGAUACGCUCGUGCAUACAUUAUGCAGUUAAUUGGAGGCUUUCUAUUUGCAGACAAAUCAAACACCCUGGUCCACUGUAUGUUCCUCCCGCUUUUAAUUAAUUUUGACCAGGCUGGUACGUAUGCUUGGGGCGCUGCAUGCCUCGCAUGGUUGUAUAGGGAAUUGUGUCGAGCGAGUAAUGCACGAUCUUUAGAGAUUGCUGGCCCAUUAAUAUUGUUGCAAGUAUGGGCGUAUGACAGAUUUCCUAUUCUGGCACCACAAGUACCAGUUGAGGUGUCAAUUGGUCGACCUUUGAGUUUCAGAUGGAGCGGCGUUAUACCAUUGUCAGAACUGUCCGCAAAUAUGUUGAUCACCUACCGAAUGUUUUUUGAUCGGCUGAUCAACUCUCAGAUUAAUUGGACACCAUACACGUCCCACAUUAUGGCAUUGCUUCCACGUCAAUGUCAUAACGGUCAAGCGAUGUGGACAUAUGUGGGUCCUAUGAUUUGCUUUCAUCUCGUUGAGAAGCAUCAAGCAGGUCGUGUAUUGCGACAGUUCCAUAUGCUACAAAUGCCACCAGAGUUUUGCUCCACAGAUUAGGGCCUACACCAAAUUGAUUUAAGAGGCAAGCACGAUCAAGAUUGGAGUAGGAUUCAUGCAGAGCAUAUAGCAAUGUGGCAUUCACGAAAUACUUUUUGUGCCGAAGCAGAAGCAACACAGAAGCCCACAGUAUCAGAUAACUACUUUUCCUGGUACACGUCGAUUACCCGACGCUUCAUGACACCUGAUGGCGCUUACUGUUAUCGCAUGAAUAAUUUUGUUGAAGACGUACGUCGAGUCUCCAUGGAAAACAAUUUUGAAAUUUUUAGUCCAAUGUGUGACGAAGUCAUGGGAGAUAUAGACAGCCUUGUUCAGCGGACUCGACGUUUAAAUGUUGCCGACACAGAUCGUAGACGCAUUCGACGGCGACGACGACGACAAGGCGAUGAUGUCGUAGAGGGAGAUGGGGAAGCUUCUUAAGUUGUAUAAUUUAAGUGUUUUUUAAAUUUUGCUAGAACUUA